GCCCUAACACUGAACCUUUACACAUCCUUGAUACCAUCGCCAUGUCUGACCAGAAGCCUCAAUCUAUACCUGGUACCAAAGAGAAACUCGAGUCAUCGCCAGAAGGGAAGGAGGAGGAGCCGCUGGAGGAGGAGGAGGAAGACACCGAGCCCAACCUACAAGCCGAGUUCGCAGCAGCCGAAGAGAAACGUCUCGCUGACCCUCGCUUCAACCCUCCCACUCCUUCUCGCUGGAAACGCGCUGGUCUUCUUGUUCUCGUCUUUGUUCUUUUCUGGGUUGCGAUCUCUAUGCGCAAGAGCAUGAGGAAUGCACCGCCAAAGGUGCUUUACGCCAACCGCUAUUCGAAGGACUACAAGUUUCGUCCCGCCGCUAGUCCUAUUAUCACCGAGCGUCUGAAAGACGGCCGGACCCGUGUCCAUGGGGCUGCCCCUACGGCGAAGAUGUAGGGACCAGUAGUCUGUCAGUACUUGAUAUCCUUGUUCAUUCAUUUAUCGUAUCUCCGUCGCACCAUACUUCCACACUCAUUCCUGACCUACGUUCUCUCACUCUGCACCUUGAUGCCUUGGACUUAAAUCCAUCUUGUUGGGCUCUGUUGUCAUAUUGAAUUUAUUCAAAUUUCACAUCUAAUACCCACUGUAUGCCAGCGUUGUUCUCGGCCGGAAAUAGUAUGAUUUCAUAUAUUUCC